UGGAGCCCAAGUUGUGCCGAGUGUCGCGGCGCGGCUCUGAUGGCGAGAGAGCACCAGGAACCUGUCCCGCUCUCUGCCCCACACCCACACACACACACACACACACACAGCGCUGGGAUUACACCCCACCACCACCACACACACACCAUGACAGAGAACAGCGAGACCGACAGCGAGCCCCAGAGCACAGAGCUCCAGAGGUCACCUGGAUCCGUGUCCAGCCAACAGGAAACCAAGCUUCAGAGGCUGAAGAGAUCGCUGUCCUUCAAGACAAUCCUGAGGAGCAAGAGUGUUGAGAACUUCUUCCAGCGUUCGAACAGCGAGGUGAAAUUUCCCGAGUUGCUGCCACCACCAAACAGUCCUCCCACCCCACCUCCACCCUCCCCCAACCCGUCCGAGAGCUGCCCCAACCAGCAGCAACCCCCCACACAGGUCUCCCAGAAGCCCUCCAUGCCCUCCAAGCCCAUGAGGAUGCACAAUUUUCAAGAACAUGUCUUCAAAAAGCCCACGUUUUGCAACAUCUGCCAUCACAUGAUCGUAGGUUACUCCAAGAGAGGAUUCAGAUGCAAGAUUUGCAAAUUGAAUGCACACCCGCAGUGUGGAGAGGACGCUGCACAGCAACAGUGCACCGGAAAGAUGCCCAUGGGAUUUCGGCGGAAUUUCAGCUCCCCGCUUCUCAUCCACGAACCAUACAGAUUUGUUAAGGAGGCCAUGCCGAUAGCGACCAGCAGUAAAGUGGACCCAGUGUACGAAGCCCUGCGGUUUGGCACAUCUCUUGCCCAGAUGAGUAGGUCAAGCUUUGGGAGUCUGUCUGAAUCUCCGACAAAACACCUGGGUGAGAAUGGAGACAUUGAAGAAGAGCCGGAUCUCACCACUACAUGUUUGGAAGAGGUUGGGGAGGAGGAGAGUGUGCCAAAACCCACAGAGAAUGGAAAUGUCCCGACAGAGGAGAAAAGCCCUCUGCCCAUUCAGGUCAGGAAGCUCUCCGUACGGAAGGACAUGCUUCAGAUGCACACAUACGUGGCGCUCUACAAGUUCGUACCACAGGAGCACAAUGACCUGGAGCUGCAGCCGGGAGACAGGAUCGUAGUCACAGACGAUGCCAAUGAAGAUUGGUGGAAGGGCAAAAUCAGAGACCGGAUCGGAUUUUUUCCCGCUAACUUUGUGCAGCGGGUCAGACCCGGGGAGAGAGUCUGGCAGUGCAACAGGGCGUUUCAGGGGAGCAAAGAGCAGGGACAGCUGAUGCUGAAAGAGUUCCAGGUGUGUGUUGGCCGAGGGGACGAGACGACCCACUUUAUCAGGGUUUGCAGUGGGAAGAAGAAAGGGCUUGUGCCCAUAGAUAUUCUGGAUGAAAUCUGACUUUGGUUUCUAACCUCAGCACAAGCUGAUGGCUUUCACACCGCCUGUGAUUCGCCCAGCAUUUCAGCUUUGGGGUUUCUUCGCAUCCACGUCUAACCCACUCUUCACCUCUGUCGGCCUCUCACUGUUCAGAGUCGCUGGGGAAAUGGCACCUGAGAUGUUGAUGUGCAUUAGUGUCUCGUUCCCCACUUCUCCACACACACACACACACACACACACUUACACUUGCCCAAGUGACUCCGUUCAGGACUACAGAUCUGCCCUUCACCACUCAUUGCGGCCAGAAGUUCUAUUCCACCCAUCACCACAAUAUCCACCCUUUACUCUUCGCCAGAACAAAAAUGUGUAUGUUUAAAAAGCAACAAAUAUUCACAAUGACAAUUGUCUUUCUCACUGAACCACCACUGUUUGGACUUUAAUAGAUCUCACACUUCGGAGAUCAUCAGAAGUUGGAGCCAUUCCCCAUUGACAACAUCAACAUUUAACACUGCGAGAUUUUAUUCCUGUAUUAUUUUUUUUUGGUUGGGGAGAAGAUUGGGGGGAUUGUGGGGACAAUUUUAUCCCCAAGAAAUGCCACUCACUCUUAUCCUUUGGGGGUUAGAGAAUGGUGCAAAAUGGUGUAAGAUUCUUAAACCCAGCCUGACUUUGGGGACUGUUUUUCCAAAGUCCUUAAACAGGAACUGGCUUCCAAUUUCAGACCGAUUCUUCCAUUUAAAGGCAAAACAGACUUGCAGGCCAAGACUGGGUGGCAUUUGGGGCCUGGUGGGGUAGGAUAUUAAAGGCCUGGGUCAGGUUCAGCCCAGACUGUUGGGAGGAAGGACUAAGGGUUGGGAAAAUGAAAUGAGUUUUGAAAACUGAGACGUCAGCGCGGAAGGAGACCGCUGGGCUCUUCGUGUCUGUGUUGUGUUCUGGGAAUCGAGUCUGUAUCUCAUCGGGUGGGGGCAGGGAUAUCAAAUGCAAGGAUUAUCAUUGCUGCUGUUAUCACAGUGUCAUUAAUGGAAUGGAAAUUGUCAAACCCGAGGGAAUGAGGAUAAGGAUAAAUUUGGUUUUCCAGACUGCUAUUUUUGUAUUCCUUUUAUGUCCUGUUCCCAUCACACAGAGCAGGAUGUCACCACUCUGCAAAACCUUGAGGAAAAAAGUUACUUUUCAUAAUCUUCUACCAGAUCAAGGGAAAUCAAAUGGCUCUUCUUAUUAAGAAAUCCAUUCAGAAAUUAGACACUGUUUGUUAGUUAGUUAAUUAGUGGGGGGGGAGGAUUAUUAAAGAUUUCAGCCUGUUUAAUAAAGGUUAAAAUAUUUAUAUGUGUAUUUUUGUACAUUGCACCGCCCCCUGCCCGGCUAGUGUUAAAGGAAACGGUCCCAUGCGUUUUUCCGCACAAACUCAACACUGGGGAUGAAAUUAGACUAGAAUACAAUAAUAAUCUUUGCAAUUGAUACAGCGGCUUAUCAUGUUGUUGA